ACUUUCUACCAUAUUCACUACAUUAUUCCGAAAUAAGAAAAACAAUAAUACAGGGGUAUAAAGGACAUUUCAUAUUACGCGGCGAAAGUGUAGAAAAAGGUACGGUGGACUGGUGGUGAUGCUGGCAUACGCCGGCACUGUACAUUCGAAAAGGGCUGAGCUCAUUCUUUUUGUAUAAAAAAAAGGUCCAGCCUUUUUUCAGUUUGAAAGCGGAGGAAAAAAAAAGAUUUAAUUUUCAACCGGAGUCUCUGUUUCGUGUGCUUUUUUUCUCUCUCUAGACGCAAAUGGCAGCAAACGCCGUUAUUUUCCAGAGUUUCUUUACUGAACGGCGAAGGUACUCUUCUGAAACAGUCUACUGUUAAAACAAACGGAACUCUCGUUCUCGCGUUUCUGUUUCUAGAGUUGAGUUAUAAUAAGAAUAAAAAUUCGUAUAUGUAUAUAACCACAACGGAACUGCAAAAUGGAGUGCUUAAUUUCGUUUGAUGUACGGUAGAAACCACCCUUUUCUACUGCGUUUCUUGAUUGCAUCAUUUGGGUUUGUUGGAUUUUACUUGUGAUUGAGCUAAAUUUUGUUUUGCGGUGGGGGUGUGAUUUUUUGAUUUUUUUUUUUUCAAUUUAGUGGGGGAGUUAUCAGAAAAUAUUGUUGUAAGGGUUUCUGUGAGAUUGUUUAGCUGUUGAAGGAGAGAUUGUGGUGAAUUAUUUUGAGGGUGGGCAUCGGAUUGCGGAUUGCGAUUUCACAGUUUGGUGUGAUGGUUUGCAUUGCAAAUUUUUUAGUUAGUUCAAGAAAUUGUGUGUAGUUUGAUUUGGGAAUUAGGGUUUUAGUACUGUGUGUGUGUGGGAGUGGGUAAGAAGAUGGGGAAAGAUGAUAGAAUGUUGUUGCCAACUGUGGGACCUCUUAUAAAGAGACGGUUGAGAAGGAAACAAGCCGGAAGAGGAUCUUACAGAGGGAGCUAGGGUUUUAGAAUUUACGCACCAAGAACGAG